AACCUAUGCGGACGAACCCGCCCUUGGCGACGUAUGAUGCGGAGUAUGUUAUGGCAAUCCGUUGCAAUGUAGCUGGUCGCAGAGUAGUACGUAGAUGAAUUAACAAACGGCUUAGACCUACAUGAAGUAAGUAGAUCUUACCACAGAUGAAGUAUUUUUAGAACAUUUCGUCCCCCUAGACCUCCAGAUAACUCCAACUACCACCCUUACUGCUUCCUUGUUCAUCUAACUAAUAGGAACGUCAUCGGAAGUGAAUUUAACAGAGAAAAAGAAACGAUGAAAGCAUUAGCCAAAAGAGUAUCCAUCAUGCGUGCGCAUGAAACUCAAUGCAAACAAAGGAGAAAAGGACCACGACAAGCAUUAUAUACAUGAACGUCAACAACCCCUCACCCCUCUUUCCUCCUUUCCCUUUUUUCUGAUCUACUUACCCCUUUAAUGGGUAAACUACUACUACUAACUCCAACUACCACCCCCACUGCCGCGAAAGAUUUAGCGGAUGACAGUGUCUCCGUCGUGCUGUGCUUGCAUUCUUGUCGUGGUCUGCACAAAUACAUGUGGUUGCAGCGAGUUCCCUUUGAUAACAUCCUGCGGGUCGCACCAGACCGAAUGGGCCACGGCGGGUGCGAUGACCACCCAUGCGAAACCGGAGCUGCCGCUGAUUACCUGUUUUCGGAGUUUUAAUUAUGGGAGAUAGACUAAACUAUGUCCUGAUGAUAUAGCAUUGAGGUCUGCACCUAUUCAAGAAUAGUAGUUGCACUAGAUCCUCACAUUGCACCAGUCUUCUUGAAGAGGAUCAUGUCGGGAAGUCUAGUGAACUAAAUGACCCCUUCAUCUAAAACCAAAUCCCAGAGGUCUACGAGUUGGUAGAUGCAGUUUAUGCAAACCUGAAGAUCCCGAUGACGAAGGAAUUCUUUGUGGUUGGCCAUUCACAGGGCGGAUGUUGCACUGUCGAGGUCGUGGCUUGCUCCCUGGCAAAAGACAGGGUUGCGGCGAUUGCACCUGGACCCCCCCACAGCAUGAUCCUUGCCGUGUACUCUUCGUGCAACACUUUGUGCUACGACAGCUGGGACUCGAACGCGGAGAAAUGCUUUAUCCACUAUGGAUGGUGAGGUAUCCUGUUCUUGUCCUGUUAUACCUGUUGUAAUCCUAUUGUGUCGAAUCCUAUCCUAUCCUACAAUGUAUACUCUUGGCGUGUUCUUUUCAACUAGGAGACCACAGCAUUAUCCUUGCCGUGUACUCUUCAAGCAGAAAGAGAAGCACCCAACCAAGGACUUAGGACUUUACGCUUGCCAAGAAACAGUAUGCGAAUCACCCCUAAAAGAACCACCUCUAAUCCAAAAAGAGGAGACUCCGUUUGGCUGCGCAUUGGUGGGACGAUGAAUGUGAUGCCGAAGAAAGAACGGAUUUUUGUAUGGGACGCCUAUGGGCAUAUUACUUAUGGCGUUGGUAACUUGAAGAGGAAGAAAUGAUCGAGGAAGAAAUCAAUGGAACAUGUGCUAGAAGUAGAUCGAAUGGCCUCAAUCGAAUGGCCUCACCCCUGAGAGUCGAGUCGUUUCUGUAAGAAGGAAUCUCCUUCUACAACAUCCGGGAGAGCUGCCGCGUACAACAUCCAGGUAUAGAAGUAGAUCGAAUAGCCUCACCCUUGACUAGCAUGACAUGGCGUCGGCUUCUAACAACCUUUCCUAGCGGAACAUCGGCGAAUCUUUCAGAAUCUGGCGACGAUGCAGAAGGUAGAAGGCCCGCUUCUGUAUGA